CCGUCAAUAAUCUGCCUAAUCAAUGCAGAGUCUGGAAUUUCCGGGCGCCGUGAACGCAGCCCCGUCCCAACACAGAUGAAUGAGUUUGAAUGUGUUCUAACGGGCGCCCCUCCUGGCCAAUCAGUGUGAGUGCAGCGGCUUCGACACCACCCCCCAGCGGCCGCACAGGCGCACUGAGCUCCCAACUGCCAUUUUGUGGCAGAAGCUACUCUUGUAAAGCGGGAGAGGAUUAAAACAACCCGCCGGGAGAAAGCUGCUUUUCUCACCAGCUCUGGAAACUUUGUGCCAAACACUCUGAGCUUUCAGACGGGACCCGCGGGACGAGAAACGCACCAAAACAGGUUUUGGAUCUUGCCAGCAUGGACGGCAGGUCAGCUGAGGGCGUGGUGGAUGUCCCGUCCAUUCAAGCUGUUCACAGCCAGGAUGCCAUGGUGGCCGACCUGCUACAGCAAGCUGCAGAGGCCGGGGGGGUGGUGCAGGGGCAGGCUGGAGUUGGGCUGGAACAAGGUCAGACCCAGCAGCAGCUCUUGGAUGCUGGGGUGGGGGUUGCUGUGGAUGGUGGAGCUGGCGUGGAUAUGAUGGUUAUGGACUCGUUGGAUCCCACUCUGCUGCAGAUGAAGACUGAGGUGAUGGAUGCUGCCGUGGGGGCGUCCUCACCCUCAGCAGCUGUUGUUGGGGGCGUCGCAGGUGCUGCCCACCAAGCCACCGUGACAACAGUGGACCAGACACAGAUCAUAACUCUGCAGGUGGUGAACAUGGAGGAGCAGGCGGCGCUGGGGAUCGGGGAGCUGCAGCUGGUCCAGGUGCCUGUCUCUGCUUCCACUGUGGAGGCCCUGCAGCAAGGCACUUUUGUAGAUGCCAGCUCAAUUCCAAAAGAUGGAGACCCGGUCAUCUGUCACACUCUGCCUCUUCCUGAGGGCUUCCAGGUGGUAAAGGUGGGAGCCAACGGAGAGGUGGAGACAGUGGAGCAGGAGGAGGAAGCUGAAGUCCACGCUGAAGAUGAGGAUGAUGAGGAGGUGGGGAACCAGCUGCUGGAUGAAGGAGAGGAGGAGCCCAUUCAGCCUCCAAACGACGACCCAACCUGGGCUAAAGACCCCGACUACCAGCCCCCAUCUGGGGUGGUCAAGAAGGGUAAAAAGGGAAAAAAGAGUCGGCUGCGUUACGCUGAGGGCGAUAAGGACAUGGACGUCAGCGUGUAUGACUUUGAAGAGGAACAGCAGGAGGGCCUUCUGUCAGAGGUCAAUGCGGAGAAGGUCGUGGGCAACAUGAAGCCGCCCAAACCCACAAAGAUCAAGAAAAAAGGUGUGAAGAAGACGUUCCAGUGCGAGCUGUGCAGCUACACAUGCCCCCGCCGCUCCAACCUGGACCGGCACAUGAAGAGCCACACCGAUGAGAGGCCUCACAAGUGUCACUUGUGCGGGAGAGCCUUCCGGACGGUCACCCUGCUGAGGAACCACCUCAACACGCACACAGGAACACGACCGCACAAGUGCACGGACUGUGACAUGGCCUUCGUGACCAGCGGGGAGCUGGUUCGUCACAGACGCUACAAACACACUCAUGAGAAACCCUUCAAGUGCUCCAUGUGUGAUUAUGCCAGUGUGGAGGUGAGCAAACUGAAGCGCCACAUCCGAUCCCACACCGGGGAGCGCCCCUUCCAGUGCAGCCUUUGCAGCUACGCCAGCAGAGACACGUACAAGCUGAAGAGACACAUGAGGACACACUCCGGGGAGAAGCCCUACGAGUGCUACAUCUGCCACGCCCGCUUCACCCAGAGCGGAACCAUGAAGAUGCACAUCCUGCAGAAGCACACUGAGAAUGUGGCCAAGUUCCACUGUCCUCACUGUGACACGGUCAUCGCUCGCAAAAGUGACCUGGGGGUCCAUCUUCGAAAGCAGCACUCGUUUAUUGAGACUGGAAAGAAGUGCCGCUACUGCGAUGCCGUUUUCCACGAGCGCUACGCUCUGAUCCAGCACCAGAAGUCCCACAAGAACGAGAAGAGGUUCAAAUGUGACAUGUGUGACUACUGCUGCAGACAGGAGCGGCACAUGGUGAUGCACCGUCGGACCCACACCGGGGAGAAGCCGUUUGCCUGCAGCCAGUGUGAGAAGACCUUCAGGCAGAAGCAGCUGCUGGACAUGCACUUCAAGCGUUACCACGACCCCAACUUCGUCCCCACCGCCUUUGUUUGCCCCAAGUGCAGCAAGACGUUCACUCGCAGGAACACCAUGGCGCGGCACGCGGAGAACUGCAGUGGGGAGAUAGACGACGCAGAAAACGGAGCCCCCACCCCAAAGAAAGGCAGGAGGGGCCGAAAGAAAAAGAUGAGGAGCCGGAGAGAUGAUGACGACAGUGAUGAGGACCAGCUGGAUCCAGACGACGACGACGAGGCUGAGGAGGAGGACGCCUCCCUGCUACAGGAGGAAGAUGAGCCAGAGGGCUUGGAACUGGACCAAGCCCCCGCUGCCGUCCCAGUCCCGGCCCCCGAAGAGCCGCCGGUCAAGAGAAAACGAGGCCGACCCCCUAAGAACGCUCCUAAACCUCCCACUCCCAGCAAGCCCGUCAGAACGCCGAAUAAAACAUCCUCAGCUGCUGCCGUCAUUCAGGUGGAGGAUGAGAGCACUGGGGCGGUGGAGAACAUUAUAGUGAAGAAGGAGGAGGCCGAUGCGGCUGCGGUGGCUCCCCUGCAGGGGGGCGUGGCUUUGGCUGUGGAGGAUGCAGCUAUGGACGCUGAGGGGGUGGAGACUGUAGAGCUGGCCGACAACGAGGAAACGGUGGCAGCUGCCAACGGAGACCUGACGCCGGAGAUGAUCCUGAGCAUGAUGGACCGGUGAACGUUCACGCUCCUGCGUGGGGGUGGGGGGGCACCGUGGAUGCAUCCUCUGUACACUGAUGAACCUGCAGCUCUGACCUGUGGACGGGUUCACCCCGAGGUUCUGCUUGUUUUUUAAUGUACAUGUCCUCUAAGUGUAUCUAGAUGCCCCCCUCCCCUCCCAAUGUUCACCCAGAACUCUGCCUGCCCCUCUCAACUGACCAGAUCAAGCCUUCAUCAGACGCAGCUUCACUUUUCCCUUUUAGUUUGUCCUUGUUUCCUUGCAGUGUCAGUAGAUAUGUCAAAAACAUUUUUGGGGGGGUGUGCUCCUCUCUGGUGGGGGCAAAUGAAAACUGCUGUCUCUGUGUGAGUCUGUUGUCAUGGCAACAAAGCGGUUUGUUUUUAAAAAGGAACCCUCGUCUGUAACAGAGCCUGACUCUGCAUUGUACCCCCCCACAGCUGCUCUGGUUUCACUUAUGUCUUCCUGUAGCCCCCCCCAUCCCCGCCUACAGAAUCAUGCUUGUGUUUGUGGUCCUCCUUCAGCCUGAGAGCUCUGCAGAGUCCCCAAGAUGGGGGGCUGAUCCCAAUGAAGACCCCACCCUGAGUUUGGAUUGGGGGGGUCAAUUCUUCUUCUGUAGUUCAGAUAUCCAACAUUCCAGGCGUGGAGUGUCUGUGGAGGCGUGUCCAUGUGAAGGCGUGACAACCAACCAUGUUUGCAUGUAAAUACUCAUGUGAUCCUUAUAAUGUUUUUAAACGCUGAUUUUAAGCUGCUUGAGACUCACACUUAUCGUUAUUUUCAUAAACUUGUUUCUGUUUUUCUCUGAGCUGUCCCCACUGUCAUGUUUGAUGAUUUUUUUCCCACAAAUCCUUGGUAAAGAGGACAAACUCUGCUCCUCUGCUGUCAUGUCUUUAUCUUUCACUGCGUCUGGAAUGAGCUGUUCAGAGGAAUCUGACUUUUUCUUAUGAAAUAACAUGUAUUAACCACUCAGACAAACAUGAAUGAUGGAAAGAAUCACACACAAAGAAUAAAGUGGUUUGAAUCCAGAUCACACUGA